GUGGGGUGGGUGUGUUGGCGGCCCUUCUUCGCGUCUCUAGAUCCUUUUCCAGAGUCCAGUUAUGGGUGUGAGAGGUCUGCAGGGGUUUGUGGGAAGUACCUGCCCACAUAUAUGUACAGUAGUCAAUUUCAGAGAGCUGGCAGAACAUCACCGAAGCAGGUCGCCAGGAUGCAUCACAUCCAGGCAGAAAGCUACCUGGUAUACAGCAUUGUCAGCAGUGGAGAGAUCGAGUGCAGCAACACCUUGGAAGAUGAGCUUGACCAGGCCUUGCCCAGCCAGGCCUUCGUUUACCGUCCCGUCCGACAGCGUGUUUAUACUCUUCUCCUGGGCAGCUGCAGAGAUGACAUCAGCGCCAGCCUGGCUGUGAAGGAGUGGUUCGUGUACCCCGGGAACCCGCUGCGGCACCCGGACCUCGUCAGGCCUCUGCCGAUGAUCAUUCCAGGGGGAACACCCAGUCUGAAAUCACUGUGGCUAAACCAAGAGCCAGCAGUGCAGGCCCGGCGUUUGGAUGCACUCCUAGCCUGUUUCAACCUCUCCUCUUCAAGAGAUGAGCUGCUGGCUGUCGAAAGCCCAUUGAGAGCUCUGUGCUGCCUCUUGAUCUACCUCUUUGUCCAGGUGGACACACUCUGCCUGGAGGAUCUGCAUGCAUUUGUUGCCCAGGCCUUGUGCCUCCAGGGAAAAUCAACCGCCCAGCUUGUGGACCUGCAGCUCGAGUACAUCAGCCCCAGAGCUGUGCAGCUGGGUUCCCUUCUUGUCCGUGGCCUCACCACGCUCGCCCUGGUCAAUAGUGCAUGUGGCUUCCCCUGGAAGACAAGUGAGUUCAUGCCCUGGAACGUGUUUGAUGGGAAGCUUUUCCAUCUGAAGUACCUACAGUCUGAAAAAGGAUAUUCUGUGGAGGCUCUUUUGGAACAAAAUAGGUCCUGGCUCACCAGAUUCCACAACCUGAAAGCAGUGGUCUGCAAGGCCUGCAUGAAGGAGAACCGACGCAUCGUGGGCAGAGGGCACUGGAGCUCACACCACACAGGGAGGUGGGGAAGGCAGGGCUCCAGCUCCCACAGGACAAGCUCUGCGUGUGGCCAUUCUGGGCAAGGACAGCCAUGGAGAGACCAGGGUCCAGGAAGCAGAACCCACGAUCAUGACCAGUGGAGGAGGUACUAGUGUCCCCACCUGCAUCCCCAGAAGUGCCGGGAGAAGCUGUCUACCACUGAGUCUUGCCGAGUGCCCGGCUUCCCAGGGCUCACAUGCUGCUGGAUUUGUCUACUGAGUUCAAGACAAGUUCACCUCCUGCAGUUCAGAUAAGGAGGACGCAGCACUGAACCCCACCCUGCCCAGCUGCACCUGCAAGGAAAGUGGCUGUGGGACCAGAGUUCACUUGAAAAGAGAAAAGACCCUUGCCAGCGACUUCUCCCCAUGUGUCCCGGGUUAUGCUUGAUUGCACGGCCCAGAACAGUCUUCAUUAACUUCUGUGUUACGUAACAUGUGAUUGACGUCUUUCUCCAAGAGAUUGGCGCCUGACCUCACCUGUUCUUUAACUGGACACUACAUUGUGAGGAUACUUCCCCAUGUCCCUGCGAGGCGCUGGACGUGUGGUAUCUGACAGUCACGUGGCAUUUCACAAAUUGUUUUCUCGUUGGAAAUUCUAACAAGUCAGGUUUCCAACUAUUUCUUCGCUUGGUUCUUGGAAAUGUUUGAAAGAAAGGAAGGAACAACUGGGCACGAUGGCUUAUGCAUGCAAUUCCAGCAACUUGGGAGGCUGAAGAAGGAGGAUCACAAGUUUACAACCAAAAUAAGGUCCU